AUAAAAUCAACAAUUUCAUUUUUCCUUCUGUGAUCUCCACCCCUGCUGGGUCAAUCGAUGCCAAUACCACUCUGUGCACAGAUCAUUCUAUUUUCUCACUAACGACGGCGUUCUUAUACCAAGAAAGAGAGAGAGAGAGAGAGAGCUACAGCAGCGACUACCCGCACAUCCCCUAAAUCCACUUCCUUAGAAAAUCCCGAACACAGUAGCUCCCCCCCACGCACGCACAAUGAAAAACGACGUCGUACGAUGGAAUUCAGCAGCGAAAGCACAAAUCGGUAGCGAGAGCGCGACUAGCAAAAGCAAAAACCAAAACAACUACAGCGAUUAUCCAACACGAAAUUUUGCUGCGAAUAACAGCUCUCGAUGGUCGGCAAAUGCGGCGACUACAAGUGGGUGGGCGUUUAGGCAACCGGCUAGGCAGCUCCAACUUCAUCAACUGCAAAAGCAACAACAUUGUGAUACUAAUGCAAGUUUUCUUAAUGCAACAACAACAACAACAACAACGCCAACAACCAGUAGUUAUUUAGUGAACACUCGUCAUAGCGUAAGCCAACAACAAAAUGCGAUCAAACAUAAAUCGAAAAAAACAUCAGCGUCUAGUGCAUAUAGUAGACAUUUCCAACAACAACAACAACAACAACAAGAAAACCAACAGCAAUUACGACCACAAAAGCAACAACAUAAUCACCAUUAUUAUCAUCGCCGUCUGCCUCGCCGCCAGCAGCUAGCAGCAGGAGCGUCGCGGACAUCUGUUGCUUUGCAUUUAAAUAGGAUUUUGUUGAAUUGUGUGCAAUUGAGUGUUGUGUUAGUGUUUUUGUUGUGUACGUUGAAUGUCGGUUUCGUGACUUUGCCGAGCGCCAGCGCUGCCAUUGCCACCGCCGCCGCAGCCACCUCGCAUGGGAACCAAACAGCUGCAGGGAAUGCGAUUGACGGUGUUGGUGGUGGCGAUGAUUUGACGCUGGCGGCGGGGUGGCCCUUUGAAUUGGACUACGACGAAGAGGGCGAAAGUGGGAGUGCUGGAAAUUAUACGCACACAUGGGCGGUGCAUAUACCCAACGGCGAAGAAAGUGGUGUGGCCGAUCAAGUGGCGCGAGAUCAUGGUUUCGUCAAUUUGGGCAAGAUCUUCGAUGAUCACUAUCAUUUUGCGCAUCACACAGUCUCCAAGCGCUCGCUGAUGCCCUCGGUGCCGCAUCAGACGCGACUUGACGAUGACAAUCGAGUGCACUGGGCCAAGCAGCAGCAGGCCAAGUCGCGUCGGAAACGUGACUAUAUACGAAUGCGGCCGUCGAGAACAUCGUCGCGCGCGCUUUCACAGGUGGAUACAGUUCCUUUAAACGACCCGAAAUGGGCGCAAAUGUGGUAUCUGAAUCGCGGUGGCGGCUUGGAUAUGAAUGUGGUACCUGCAUGGCAGGCGGGCAUCACCGGCAGGGGUAUUGUGGUGACAAUACUCGACGAUGGUCUGGAAUCGGAUCAUCCCGAUAUCGAGCACAACUAUGAUCCCGAGGCGUCUUACGACGUCAACAGCCACGACAACGAUCCAAUGCCUCACUACGACAUGACCGAUUCGAAUCGUCAUGGUACGCGUUGCGCUGGUGAAGUGGCCGCCACCGCCAAUAACUCAAUCUGUGCGGUUGGUAUUGCAUUUGGCGCCAGUGUUGGCGGUGUCCGAAUGUUGGAUGGCGAUGUAACGGACGCCGUCGAAGCGCGUUCCCUAUCGCUCAAUCCGCAACACAUAGACAUCUAUAGUGCGUCUUGGGGACCCGACGACGAUGGUAAAACGGUCGAUGGGCCGGGUGAGUUGGCGCAACGCGCCUUCAUCGAAGGCGUGACGAAAGGACGGCAGGGCAAGGGUAGCAUUUUUAUUUGGGCUUCAGGCAAUGGUGGUCGUGAAUUCGACAAUUGCAACUGUGAUGGGUAUACGAACUCCAUUUGGACACUGUCAAUAUCUAGUGCCACCGAAGAGGGUCAUGUACCCUGGUAUUCGGAGAAAUGCAGUUCCACAUUGGCGACCACUUACAGUAGUGGCGGACAGAGUGAGAAGCAGGUGGUGACGACAGACUUGCAUCACUCGUGCACGGUAUCGCAUACGGGUACCUCGGCGUCGGCGCCACUGGCAGCCGGCAUAGCGGCGUUGGUGCUCGAAUCGAAUACGAAUUUGACGUGGCGCGAUUUGCAACACAUUGUGGUGCGUACAGCGAAACCGGCGAAUUUACGCGAUCCGACAUGGUCGAAGAAUGGUGUCGGUCGGCGUAUUAGUCACUCAUUCGGCUAUGGGCUGAUGGAUGCGGCGGCUAUGGUGAAAGCGGCGCGUAACUGGAAAACGGUGCCGGAACAACAGCGUUGCGAGAUCAAUGCGCCGCAUGUGGAUAAAGUUAUUCCGCCCAGAAGUUAUAUCACAUUACAGUUAACCGUAAAACACUGCUCAUCCGUCAAUUAUCUGGAACACGUUCAGGCAAAAAUCACACUCACAUCACAACGUCGCGGUGACAUUCAACUUAAUCUGAAAUCACCGGCAGGCACCAAAGUUACUUUACUCACACCACGUAUUCACGAUGUAUCACGUUCUGGUUUUAACCAGUGGCCCUUCAUGUCCGUCCAUACUUGGGGAGAGUCACCGCAUGGCGAUUGGCAGUUGGAAAUUCACAACGAAGGUCGCUAUAUGGGUCACGCCUUACUCCGCGAGUGGUCGCUAAUAUUUUACGGUACCACACAGCCCAUCGACCCCAAUGACCCAGUGUCCACACCGCGCGCCUAUUCCGCCGAAAACACAACGCCCAAUUCGAAUGCGGCGAGCACCACAACGAACCUCCAUCAGAUCUACUCGCCACAAUAUCCGCGCAUUUCAUCCAAUAAUGUUGGUGGCGGCGGCGGCGGCGGCGGCAGCUUCAGCAAUUCGGCGACCAGUGUUGUGGGCGCCAUCAACGCCAUGCCGGGAGCGGGCGUGAAAAUUCCCAUUAAAUUGCCAACGCCGUUCAACAAAUCCGUUUACACGGCCGUGAAUGGCGCAAAUAAUCCAUUGUUGAAUGUCGCUAACGGAAGUAGUAAAAAGCAACAGCAACAACAACAACUCUACAAACUACAACAACAGCAGACACAGCCGCCCAGUUAUCAACAAAUCUCAGCGACCUAUGGCGUCAUAUUGGGCUCGCAGAGCGGGAAGGCUGGCAAGGGCGGCAAAGGAAAGGGGAAGUCUGGUGAAAAGGGUAACGGCAAAGGAGGCGGAAAUGGCGGCGGUGGCGGCAGCAAAUCGUCAGCCAACAAGAAAGAACAGGCUACUGCAACAAAUACGAAGAAUAAAUUCUACCGCAUAUCACAACAACAGCAACAGGGCGGCGGCGGCGGCGGCGGCGGCAACGGAAAUAGCAAGUCGAAUGGCGAAAAGUCCUCUAAACAGGGAGGAGGACGCAGUAAAGCGCAGUCAGGCGAGCGUUUACAGGGCUACGAUGAAAAGCUGAGCCGCAAAGUUAUUGGCGAAAUAACAACAACAACCACGACCAGUACAAGCGUGAAUACAAAAAACAACAACCAAAACAUCAAAGCGAAUAGCAACAGUAAAACUGCGCUCAAAGCUGACUCCGCGAGUGCGUCUUCAGGCGCGAUCUCGACCGCUUCGAAAACCGUCGCCACGCAAAUGACCAGCUACUCGAAGUUGCCCGUCAAGGCGACCAAACAAAUCAAAGAGUCGCUGCUGCCUAUGCAAACACAUGAAAAACUUACAGUCGCAUCCUUCGCCGACACGCGCAUACCGAAACUCUUUGAACAUUACGAGAAAAUCCAGGCAAUCUUUCCAGAAUUUCAGCCAUAUCAGGGGCCCAAAGAGAAGGAUACCACUGCCGCCGCAGCGGCAGCAGCAGCAGCUGUAGCGGCUGAGAAGCGGAAAUUGCCUGCCGCUGCAGCCGGCAUUUCACCGCUGGACUACGAAGCGGAAACCUUCAGGCCGAUGUUGGGUGCGAUUAGUGGCAGUAGCGGGGAAAAUGGCAACGCUAAUGGAGCGAGCGGAAGUGGCUCGAAACCGUCGCGUGAGAAUGCUAAGAAGUCUUCGCCCAGCUUUGUGCCCGAUCAGAAGAUUAUCAAGAAACAACAACUGUUGCUCGCGGCAGCGGGUUUGAGCGGCGGCACACAGCGUCCGAUUGGCGGUGUGCUCGGCGUGUUGCCCAAUCGUAAGGGCAGCGCAAGCAACGGUAUAGGCAUGAUUUUACGGAAUGCAUAACCUUUUUUGUUUUACUGCGAGUUUUUCUUUUGCGAUUCUGAUAUUUUGUAGUGCA